GAGCUAAGAGUAUAAAAGAACAAAAGAGGGGCUAGGCAAUACUGUCACCAAAGCAGAGGGAAGAGGCUGCAGCUGAACUUGUCUCUGGUCCUUUUGCUGAACACAAGGCUCCACAAUGGGUGAUGCCCUGAUGGCAGACUUUGGGGCUGCAGCCCCCUUCCUCAGAAAAUCAGACAAAGAACGUCUGGAGGCUCAGACCCGGGUUUUUGAUAUCAAGACUGAGUGCUUUGUGCCUGAACCCCAACAAGAAUAUGUGAAAGCAAAAAUUAUUAGUCGUGAAGGGGGCAAAGUGACAGCUGAAACUCAAGAUGGCAAGACAAUCACAGUUAAAGACUCUGAUGUUCACCAGCAAAAUCCUCCCAAGUUCGAUAAGAUUGAGGACAUGGCGAUGUUGACCUUUCUGCACGAGCCAGCUGUACUGUACAACCUCAAAGAGCGUUAUGCAGCCUGGAUGAUCUACACAUAUUCUGGUCUCUUCUGUGUGACCGUAAAUCCCUACAAGUGGCUUCCUGUGUAUAAUUCAGAGGUUGUGACUGCUUACCGUGGGAAGAAAAGGAGUGAAGCCCCACCACACAUCUUCUCUAUCUCUGAUAAUGCAUAUCAGUACAUGCUGACAGAUCGUGAGAAUCAGUCCAUUCUUAUCACUGGAGAAUCUGGUGCUGGGAAGACUGUGAACACAAAGCGUGUCAUCCAGUACUUUGCAAGUAUUGCAUCUGUUGGAGGCAAAAAAGAACAAGCAAAUGCCAACAAGGGAACUCUGGAAGAUCAAAUCAUCCAGGCCAACCCUGCUCUGGAGGCUUUUGGUAAUGCCAAGACCGUCAGGAAUGACAACUCCUCACGUUUUGGUAAAUUUAUCAGAAUUCACUUUGGUGCCUCUGGGAAGUUGGCAUCUGCUGAUAUAGAAACCUAUCUCCUGGAAAAAUCCAGAGUUAUCUUCCAGCUGAAGUCUGAGAGAGACUAUCACAUCUUCUAUCAGAUUCUAUCCAAUAAAAAGCCAGAGCUUUUGGACAUGUUGCUAGUGACCAACAAUCCCUAUGACUAUUCCUACAUCUCCCAAGGAGAAGUCACAGUCGCCUCCAUUGAUGAUUCUGAUGAACUGAUGGCAACAGAUAAUGCAUUUGAUGUGCUGGGUUUCACUGCUGAUGAGAAAGUUGGAGUGUACAAACUGACUGGAGCCAUCAUGCACUCUGGAAACAUGAGGUUCAAGCAGAAGCAGCGUGAGGAGCAAGCUGAACCCGAUGGCACUGAAGAGGCUGACAAAGCUGCCUAUUUAAUGGGAUUGAACUCUGCUGACUUGCUUAAGGGCUUGUGCCACCCACGCGUCAAGGUUGGAAAUGAGUAUGUGACCAAGGGACAAAAUGUCCAGCAGGUCAAUUACUCUAUUGGUGCACUGGCCAAGUCAGUGUAUGAGAAGAUGUUCUUGUGGAUGGUUGUGAGAAUCAACGCCACUCUAGAGACCAAGCAGCCCAGACAGUACUUCAUAGGAGUACUGGAUAUUGCAGGCUUCGAGAUCUUUGAUUUUAACAGCUUUGAGCAGCUCUGUAUUAAUUUCACCAACGAGAAACUGCAGCAGUUCUUCAAUCAUCACAUGUUCGUGCUGGAGCAGGAAGAGUACAAGAAAGAAGGAAUUGAAUGGGAGUUCAUAGACUUUGGGAUGGACUUGCAGGCCUGCAUUGAUCUUAUAGAAAAGCCUAUGGGCAUCAUGUCCAUCCUGGAAGAAGAGUGCAUGUUUCCCAAAGCCAGUGAUACGACCUUCAAGGCUAAACUAUAUGACAAUCAUCUGGGCAAGUCAAACAACUUCCAAAAGCCCAGAAACAUCAAGGGGAAGCCUGAGGCUCACUUUGCUCUUGUACACUAUGCUGGCACCGUGGACUAUAACAUCUCUGGCUGGCUGGAGAAGAACAAGGAUCCCCUGAAUGAGACAGUUGUUGGGCUGUACCAGAAGUCCUCCCUCAAGCUCUUGGCAGUUCUGUUUGCUAACUAUGCUGGUGCUGAUUCAGAUACUGGUGGAAAAGGCAAAGGAGCAAAGAAAAAGGGUUCUUCUUUCCAGACAGUAUCUGCUCUACACAGGGAGAAUCUUAACAAGCUAAUGACAAAUCUGAGAACCACCCACCCACACUUUGUGCGUUGUAUCAUCCCCAAUGAACGCAAGGCUCCAGGAGAGAUGGACAAUCCUCUAGUGAUGCACCAGUUGCGUUGUAAUGGUGUCCUGGAAGGUAUUAGAAUCUGCAGAAAGGGAUUUCCCAACCGUAUCCUGUAUGGAGACUUCAGGCAGCGAUACCGAAUACUGAACCCUGCAGCCAUCCCUGAAGGGCAGUUUAUAGACAGCAGAAAGGGUUCAGAGAAGCUCCUGGGUUCACUUGAUAUUGACCAUACUCAGUACAAAUUUGGACAUACCAAGGUAUUCUUCAAGGCUGGUUUGCUGGGUUUACUAGAAGAAAUGAGAGAUGAGCGUCUUUCAAGGAUUAUUACUCGAAUCCAGGCACAGUCCCGAGGACUGCUAAUGAGAAGAGAGUUUAAGAAAAUUUUGGAACGCAGAGAUGCCCUACUGGUUAUUCAAUGGAACAUCCGUGCUUUCAUGGGUGUCAAAAACUGGCCAUGGAUGAAACUUUACUUUAAAAUUAAACCUUUGCUGAAGACAGCGGAGACUGAAAAGGAGAUGGCAAACAUGAAGGAGGAGUUCCAAAGGCUGAAGGAAGCUCUAGAGAAGUCUGAGACAAGACGUAAGGAGCUAGAAGAAAAGAUGGUGUCACUGCUGCAGGAGAAGAAUGAUCUUCAGCUGCAAGUCCAGGCUGAAUCAGACAACCUGAAUGAUGCGGAAGAGAGGUGCGAACAACUUAUCAAAAAUAAAAUCCAACUGGAGGCAAAGUUAAAGGAGCAGACAGAGAGACUAGAGGAUGAGGAGGAGAUGAAUGCAGAACUCACAGCAAAAAAGAGAAAGCUGGAGGAUGAGUGUUCUGAGCUAAAGAAAGAUAUCGAUGACCUUGAGCUGACUCUGGCCAAAGUUGAAAAAGAAAAACAUGCUACAGAAAAUAAGGUCAAAAAUCUAACUGAAGAGAUGGCCGGUUUAGAUGAGAUUAUUGCUAAACUGACUAAGGAGAAGAAAGCCCUCCAGGAAGCCCACCAGCAAACACUAGAUGACCUACAAGCUGAGGAAGACAAAGUCAACUCCUUAACUAAAGCCAAAUCCAAACUCGAGCAACAAGUGGAUGAUUUAGAAGGAUCCCUGGAGCAAGAGAAGAAACUUAGAAUGGAUAUGGAGAGAGCCAAGAGAAAGCUAGAAGGUGAUCUCAAACUGACACAAGAAAAUGUUAUGGAUCUGGAGAACGACAAGCAGCAACUAGAAGAGAAGGCAAAAAAAAAAGAGUUUGAGAUCAGUCAGCUUAACAGCAAGAUUGAAGAUGAACAGAUGAUGGGUAUGCAACUACAGAAAAAGAUGAAAGAGCACCAGGCCCGCAUUGAAGAGUUAGAAGAAGAACUAGAAGCAGAAAGAACAGCUCGAGCCAAAGUGGAAAAACUUCGCUCUGAUCUGUCUCGGGAACUAGAGGAAAUCAGUGAACGGUUGGAGGAAGCUGGAGGGGCCACCUCAGUGCAGAUGGAGUUAAACAAGAAGAGGGAGGCAGAGUUCCUGAAACUCAGAAGAGACCUUGAGGAGUCCACAUUGCAAUCUGAGGCUACUGCUGCUGCACUAAGGAAGAAGCAUGCAGACUCUGUGGCAGAACUGAGUGAGCAAAUAGACAAUUUGCAGAGGGUUAAACAGAAACUUGAGAAAGAGAAGAGUGAAUUCAAACUGGAGCUUGAUGAUGUGGCAUCCAAUAUGGAACAGAUUGUUAAAUCCAAGGCUAACCUUGAGAAGAUGUGUCGCACAUUAGAAGACCAGAUGAAUGAAAAUCGUUCCAAGUAUGAAGAGGCUCAGAGGACUCUGAAUGACAUAUCUUCCCAGAAGGCAAAGCUGCAAACAGAGAAUGGGGAGCUGAACCGAAGACUAGAUGAGAAGGAAGCACUAGUAUCACAGAUGACACGUGGCAAACAAACCUACUCCCAGCAGUUAGAAGACCUAAAGCGACAGCUGGAAGAGGAAAGCAAGGCUAAAAAUGCCUUGGCCCAUGGACUGCAAUCAGCCCGCCAUGACUGUGACCUUUUGAGGGAACAGUAUGAAGAAGAGCAAGAAGCCAAGGCAGAGUUGCAAAGAAUAUUGUCCAAGGCCAAUGCGGAGGUAGCUCAGUGGAGGACCAAGUAUGAGACUGACGCCAUCCAAAGAACAGAGGAGCUAGAAGAGGCCAAAAAGAAGUUGGCUCAAAGACUGCAGGAAGCAGAGGAAGCAGUGGAGGCUGUAAAUGCCAAAUGCUCAUCAUUGGAAAAGACCAAGCAUCGUUUGCAGAAUGAAAUCGAAGAUCUAAUGGUGGACCUAGAGAGGUCAAAUGCUGCUGCUGCUGCUCUAGACAAGAAACAGAGGAAUUUUGAUAAGGUUCUCGCUGAAUGGAAGCAAAAGUUUGAAGAGUCACAAACAGAGCUGGAAUCCUCACAGAAAGACGCUCGCUCCCUGAGCACCGAGCUCUUCAAGCUAAAGAAUGCCUAUGAGGAGUCUCUUGAACACCUGGAGACAUUUAAGAGGGAAAACAAAAACCUACAAGAGGAGAUAUCAGACCUCACAGAGCAGCUAGGAGAGGGGGGCAAGAGUAUCCAUGAGCUAGAGAAGAUUCGCAAGCAGCUGGAGCAAGAGAAAAUGGAGUUACAGACUGCACUGGAAGAAGCUGAGGCUUCUCUAGAGCAUGAAGAGGGUAAGAUUCUACGUGCCCAGCUUGAGUUCAACCAGUUGAAGUCAGAGAUUGAUCGCAAAUUAGCAGAGAAAGAUGAGGAGAUGGAGCAAGUAAAGAGAAAUAAUCAGCGCUUGGUGGAUGCACUUCAAACCCAGUUAGAGGCUGAGAUCAGGAGUCGUAAUGAGGCCCUAAGAGUUAAAAAGAAGAUGGAAGGUGAUCUCAAUGAGAUGGAGAUCCAGCUAAGCCAGGCCAACCGCUCAGCUUCUGAGGCUCACAAACAUCUGAAGGCAGCACACGGAAGUCUUAAGGACACUCAGAUGCAGCUUGAUGAUACUAUGAGAGCCAAUGAUGAUCUCAAAGAAAACACUGCAAUUGUGGAGAGAAGGAACAUGUUGCUUCAAGCUGAGCUGGAGGAGCUGCGCUCUAUAUUGGAACAGACAGAGAGAUCACGCAAACUUGCUGAGCAAGAGCUGAUUGAAACCAGUGAAAGAGUUCAACUCCUUCACUCCCAGAACACAAGUCUUAUUAAUCAAAAGAAGAAGACAGAGUCAGAUUUGGCUCAGCUGCAGGCAGAAGUGGAAGAAGCUGUUCAGGAAUGUCGUAAUGCAGAGGAGAAGGCCAAGAAGGCAAUCACUGAUGCUGCAAUGAUGGCCGAAGAGUUGAAGAAGGAGCAGGACACAAGUGCCCACCUGGAAAGGAUGAAGAAGAACAUGGAGCAGACCAUCAAAGACCUCCAGCAGCGGCUUGAUGAAGCUGAGCAAAUUGCCAUGAAAGGUGGGAAGAAACAACUGCAGAAGCUGGAGAGUCGAGUCCGAGAACUGGACAGUGAAUUGGAAAACGAGCAGAAGCGAAAUGCUGAGUCUAUUAAGAACAUGAGAAAGUAUGAGAGGCGCAUUAAGGAGUUAACCUACCAGACUGAGGAAGACAAGAAGAAUAUGGUACGCCUACAAGACCUUGUGGACAAGCUGCAGCUCAAAGUAAAGGCUUACAAGCGACAGGCAGAAGAAGCUGAAGAACAAUCCAAUUCAAACCUCUCCAAGUUCCGUAAAGUUCAGCAUGAAUUGGAUGAGGCUGAAGAAAGAGCAGAUAUUGCUGAGUCGCAGGUCAACAAGUUGAGAGCCAAAAGCAGGGAUGUGGGAGGCAAGCAGAAACUCCAUGAGGAAGAGUAGAAAUCAUGGACCCACAGAAGCACCAAGUGGAUCCCUAAAUUGUAUAUACCCUGUUAACCAGCAUUUAAUAAAAUGUGACCAUAAAGUUCAGCACUGAA